CGUUAGAGGAGGAGAACGGACGAGAGGUAAACCAGAAAAAGAGGAGAACGGGAGAGGGUGCUGACAUCUGAGGUGGAAACCUCAUCUGUGACAAAUACCUCUACCUGCAGAUACGUAGAGCAUAUGUCUUGAGUGCUUCCAUGGUGAUAACCCGCUGCUGAUUCGCUGAAACCUUGAUGAUGCGCUGACUCUACAUCAUGGCCCAUGAGGCUCUGUGGAAAUACCCACAAUCCUCAGCUCCCUGAUAUACACUGACAGUGUCUCCGGCUCAAAGAGAAAACCUGUACAAGCCAUGAUGUCAGUCUGCAUGCCCUCACCACACAACUCAUCCCCUUCCGUGGAUGCAGCCAAUCGCAACGGGCCCUCUGCAACUCCGCCCACUUCCCUCAGUUUGCGUUCCUCACACAAUCAGUUGCUCAGUGGUGAUGUUAUCAAACAGGGCCAGGCCACGCCCCCAAAGUGCCGGAAGAAGUAUGCUCUAACAAGUAUUCAGAGUGCAAUGGGUCUCGGCGAAGGUGUGAUGCCACCAUCAUCUUCAUCAGCAACUACUGCCAACCCUAAACUGGCCAAAAACGGUGCAAAUCAGUUACGCAAAGCUGCCGAGAGACAGGACCACAACAAAAACACUACUGAAGAAGAGGAAGAAGAUGAAGAUGGAAACACAGCAGCCCAAUCAGAGCUCAGCAUCGACGAUGAGUUGAGGAAUAUUGAGGAAUUAAGUCUGGACAGCGAGUCUAAUGUUGACGACGUUCACAGUGACUUUGACGCCAACAACGAGCUUGUCGAUGAAGAAGUAAACGAGUUAAUUGAAGAUGACACUAAUGAGGAGGAUCACGUUGAGAAUUGUGAUGACCUGCUCAUUCUAUCUGAGAAAAGCGAAAUCGUUUCAGACAAGAAGUCCCCUGAUCACCUUAAGACCAAGAGUUAUCUGGAGUCAUGCCUGGAUGGUCUGUCAUACCAGCUGCCUGAUUCGCAAGACGACGACAUCACUAAGCCUUUGCUGGAGAACAAGAAGGAUCCCUGUCCCGCAUCUCCAAGAAAACCACAGAGCCCCGAGGACACACCCCUGCUGUCUGUCGGCUCUUCAUCUUCCUCUUCCUCGCCAGAGACAAAAAAAGACAGACCACGCACAGGAGCCAAGACAGACAGGGCACUAAACCGCAUCCAGAACCUUCCACACAGCGAUGAGGAGUCUAGCUGGACCACACUGUCACAGGACAGCGCUUCGCUGGGCUCACCUGAAGAGAACGAUAUCUGGGGCGAGCAGUCAUUUCAGACAGACCCUGAUUUGCCUCCAGGAUGGAAGAUGAUGACAGACAUGGCUGGUAUUUAUUACUGGCACAUUCCAACGGGCACCACACAGUGGGAGCGGCCAGCCCCAUGCCAUCCAGUGCCAACUGGACCCAGCCAUGCCAGCCGCAAACACUCACUGGGUUCCCUGUCGCCUUCACCCACCCCAGAUCAUGAGUCGAUGUCUCAUGCCGAUGUGUUUUUUGGAGCGUCGAGUCGUUCGGGCAGCACCACUUCUGACAGUUCGUCUGAGCCCGCUCCCAUCCCGUCUUCUUCAUGUCUGGACCCGACCCCCAUCCUGUCCUCAAACUCAUCCUCAUCCUCUGACGCAAAUGUUCCUUCCUGUGGAUUCGUCAACAGCUGCUACUUUCCUCGCUCCUCAUCCCUACAGAUAAUGCCAGGGAAGGACAGACACUCAGAGGCUCGCCAUCGGGAAGAGGACAAGAAACAGCCAUGGAGUGAUUUUGCAGUGGGAAAGAUUGAUAGUGAGAUCUGGAAGGAUCUACAGGCGGCCACAGUAAACCCUGACCCCAGUCUGAAAGAGUUUGAAGGCGCAACUCUCCGCUACGCCUCCCUCAAGCUACGAAACCCUGCUCCUGUGGAAGAGGAAGAUUCCAGCAGCAUUAACAGUGACCCUGAGGCCAAGUGUUUUGCCGUGCGCUCUCUCGGUUGGGUAGAGAUGGCUGAAGAGGAUUUGGCUCCGGGUAAAAGCAGUGUCGCUGUAAACAACUGCAUCCGUCAACUGUCCUACUGCAAGAAUGACAUACGAGACACUGUGGGCAUCUGGGGAGAGGGGAAGGACAUGUACCUCAUUCUGGAAAAUAACAUGCUGAAUCUGGUUGACCCAAUGGAUCGGAGCGUCCUCCACUCUCAGCCAAUCGCAAGCAUCCGUGUGUGGGGCGUUGGCCGUGACAAUGGAAGAGAGAGGGAUUUUGCAUACGUGGCACGAGAUAAGGACACCCGGAUAUUAAAAUGUCAUGUUUUCCGCUGUGACACCCCUGCCAAAGCCAUCGCUACCAGUCUGCACGAAAUCUGCUCUAGGAUCAUGGCAGAGCGCAAGAAUGCCAAAGCUAUGGCUGGAGGAUCCCUACAGGACAGAACACAUGCUGGCAUCGACGUCCCAUUACAAGCAGAGUUUCCCACACCAAAGACUGAACUGGUGCAGAAGUUCCAGGUGUUAUAUGUUGGCAUGAUGCCAGUUGCCAGACCUAUAGGCAUGGACAUUCUCAAUGGCGCAAUAGACACUUUGGUAACAUCAUCAAUCCGAGAUGACUGGAUCCCUGUGCUGUUGAAUGUAGCUGAUGCGACAGUCACAGUCAUCAAAGAAAAGGAGGAAGACGAGGUCCUAGUGGAGUGUCGUGUGCGUUUCCUGUCAUUCAUGGGAGUAGGAAAGGAUGUGCAUUCUUUUGCGUUCAUCAUGGACUCUGGGAACCAACACUUUGAGUGCCAUGUGUUUUGGUGUGAUCCCAAUGCUGGCAAUGUGUCAGAGGCUGUCCAGGCAGCGUGCAUGUUGAGGUAUCAGAAGUGUCUGGUGGCGCGUCCUCCAUCUCAGAAAGCCUGCUCACAGGCGCCCCCUGCUGAUUCAGUCACCCGCCGCGUCUCCACCAGCGUCAAACGUGGAGUUCUUUCUCUCAUCGACACGCUCAAACAGAAGAGACCCGUCACUGAGCUGCCUCAGUGAUCUGACACACAUACUCACCGUCACGCUCUGCAUGCUUAUAACUAUCCGAAUGUCCUGUACAUACCUGUCCGGUCACAUGGUGGAGAUGAAGAGGAUCACAAGGAUGAAAAAUCAGAAAAUAAAGCUGAUGCCAAGAAAAUACACCCUUUACUCACACACUCACAAGUACAUCAGAUCUACUAUACAAGCCUCUCUCUCUCUCUUCCGAUGUCAAUCAUGCAUAUAUUUGCAUGGGAAGCCACGCCUCUCCAGCAUGACAGAAAUCAACAGGCUCUGCCCACCUAGAAGAACCGCCUCAUCUAGAAUAAGCCUGAUCAAAGAGAGAACUUGAUUCGAAGAAUGUUUGUGCAUAUAAGAACAAAUAUGGCUGCUUGUUCAUUUCAUCGAGUUCAUCAUCGCUGCAUGAUCAUAUGUAAGUGUGGAUGUAUAGAAGAGCUGAAGGAUUCUACUGUCCUAAAGUGUCCUAAAAAGCAAGGUUUUAUUUUUUGUUUCCCUCUUUAUUAUCCUGCCGAACACAAAAGCAGAUUCGAUGGAAAUGAGAUGGGGAUUUCAUAAAACACAAAACU